ACUCCUCAACACCCCGAACUGUAAAGACGUGUGUACACUCACUCCCGAAGGAUAUCAUAUUCAUCGAAGUGAAAGCAUGUGCAUUGACUCAUUGCGUUGUUAGCAGUGAUUUGAAAUUGUGUUCUUGUGUUAGUCUACAGUUAAAAUCCAAACCGCUCCCCCCCCCCACAUGAUGAUUAACGCGAUCUGGCACGCUUGCGCCGUACCCCUUGACCUGCCUGGGACAAGGCGUGAGGCAAGUCAAAUGUGUCCUUACUGCCGCCGCGAAAUGAUGGCUACAGUGCAGGCAGGCAGCAAUGAUACGGCUCUUCCUGACGUGGUCACAAGUAAUACCCCGCCGCCCACGCCUCUGCACGACGUCUACUUUUUCCCGGCCGAGGAACUCUGCCCCGCUCAUGCACUCAGCCACGCUCCAGCACAAGACAUGAACACCCCUGCUGCCACGAACUCUCUCAACCUUCCUCAACUGUGCUGGGUCGCGCGCCCCGCAAGGAAAGAACAGGAUCGAGGGGCGCCAAGUGAGGCCGAGGGCACGUGUGUGGAGUGGGCGCAGGUGGGCAAGGAGCUGAAGCAAGUCGGGGACACAUUCUACCUCGAACACAGAGCGACCACAGAAGAGCAGAUGGCGUCUUCACUCACUACCAUCAUGGCGACGGGUCUCUGCCUCUCCCUUCUGUGUCUCAUUUCCUGGAAGAUCCUCACGCAGACGCAAUGAACAACCAACCUAAGAGAAGUCAACACGGGUGAUGCAAUAAGGGACGCCGCCCGCACGUCCCCAUCUACAUUCAUAAGAACGCGUGGCAAGAAUUGGCUGUGCUGUUGUGACAAUAUGACGUGAUUCCAGCGACGAAAGAGCGAUUUCUUUUGUCUUUCAUGUCUCGGGAAAUGUUUUGCGCAUUAGUAUGUAGUGUGUGUGUGUGUGUGUGUGUGUGUGUGUGUGUGUGUGUGUGUGUGUGUGUGUGUGUGUGUGUGUGUGCGUGCGUGCGUGCGUGCGUGCGUGCGUGCGUGCGUGCGUGCAAACAAUUCCAAAGGAUAUACUCAUCUCUUCCUUUGAUCUUUCACUAGUGUUGUACAUAAUAUGGAUUAUUAUUUUGUUGGUAUUAUCAUCAUUAUUAUUACGGUCAUCAUAAUCAUUAUUAUCAAUCAAUAAUAAAUGCUCUGGUGCAAUAAAUAGCCAUAUCAAACAGUACAUUUCUUUAUUGCUCAUCUUUGAUACUCAAUGUGAUAACAGAUGCUAAUAAAAAGGAAAUAAACUUUAA